CCAAUCCAGAGCACAGUCCGUUUACUUCUUGAGUCUUUUGUGACCGAAUUUGGAACUAGGAUCUGAUAGCAUUGACCUUCCUCGUGGCAGACACUUCCCUAACCGAGUCACUUGUUCUCCAAACUCCGAAGGGUCUCGAAGGAUCCUGAUUGUUGUUGUACUGACAACCUAUAUCUUCGUCUCCUUCUGACCGCUAUCUUCCACCUUUCUGUUGGAGUACUCUUGUUUCUGAACGAAUCGGCAGAACCGACCAGGUCAUUUGGAAGUAGGAUCGAAUACGAGUGGCUACAAUGAAUUAUGUCCAGCUAGAGAAGCUAGGUGAAGGAACGUACGCCACAGUCUUCAAGGGCCGAUCGCGCACAACCAACGAAAUCGUCGCCCUCAAAGAGAUACAUCUCGAUGCUGAAGAGGGCACCCCUUCCACUGCUAUCCGUGAGAUCUCUCUCAUGAAGGAGCUCAAGCAUAUCAACGUCCUUCGGCUCCACGAUGUCAUCCACACCGAGACAAAGCUCGUCCUCAUUUUCGAAUAUUGCGAGCGCGACCUCAAAAAGUAUAUGGAUCAGAACGGAGACCACGGAGCGCUCGAUCCUAUGACUGUUAGAAGCUUCAUCUACCAGUUGCUGAUGGGGACGGCAUACUGUCACGAGAACCGAGUGCUGCAUCGAGAUUUGAAACCACAGAACUUACUGAUCAACCGGAAGGGAGAACUGAAGCUUGGUGAUUUUGGAUUGGCAAGGGCGUUCGGAGUCCCCGUCAAUACCUUCUCGAAUGAGGUGGUGACCUUGUGGUAUCGGGCUCCCGACGUUCUACUAGGCUCAAGAACAUACAGCACAUCCAUUGAUGUUUGGUCUUGCGGUUGCAUCUUUGCGGAGAUGAUAUCUGGAGUCCCUCUCUUCCGUGGCCGUGACGCACAGGAUCAGCUCGUGCACAUCAUGCGUAUCAUAGGAACACCAGAAGAUCGCACGUUGCGGAAGAUGGCUGCAGAGAACCCUGAUCUCCAAAUCAAACAAUAUCCACGAUACCCGAAGUUACCCUUCCAGCAAGUUCUUCCAAAGGCUUCCUUGCAAGCCUGUGACCUCCUCGACCGUCUCCUUCAGUUCGACCCCGCAAAGCGCAUCUCCGCAGCCGAAGCCAUUAAACAUCCUUACUUCACCACCAACUAUCAAGCCAUGGGCGCCGUACCCCCACAAAACGUACCCGCCGGCAUGGCACCACCUCCACAGCCUGUCUUACCCGUGCCCAACAUGGCCCCACCGCCGCCGUUCCAAUUUUCUGCCACCACGCAUGCGGCCCAGAAUAUGCCGCAUGUACACCCGCAACAACAGGUCUACGCAAAUGCGGGACAACAUCCACAACAACAACAGCAGCAGCAGAUGAUGCCGCAGAUGACUGGUCAUGCACAUACGGGGUCGCAGCAAAUGGCGCAUAUGCAGACGGCACAGGCGCAGGCGAUGGCUCAGGGUGCGUAUGGACAGUACCCAGCAGGGUACAACCGUUAAGCCCGAUUUUUCGAGCUCCUUCGCGGUAGACGAGUUGCUUGCCUCAUAUAUAAGUUUCCCACAAAGCUUCCUCGCCACCAUUACUUUCUAAACUAAACCACAACGUACUCUCCACCCAUCAAGUUUUCCCCCGUCCUCGGUCAUGCUCCCCUCUAUAUCAUUCCCAAUUUCGUUGCUCUCGCUUUAUCAUACACUGAUCUGCUUGUAUUAUCUACUGUUCUGUUUGGCUUUUCGUUGCUCACAGUCGAAGUCGCUGUCACGUAGUGUUUCUCUUUAGCUAACAAUAGGUGCUACGUUUUUGCUGUGUAUUUCUGAUCUAUGGAACCCAAUGAUAGUAUGCUGUACUUCCA